GCACCAUCAAGUCAGCAAAACGCAACAAGGUGUGGUCUUUGGUGGAUAGAGAUGUUGAAGGCAAGAUAUCAGUAUAAAGAGGCUGCCACUGUUUACUUCCGUGUUUGCACUGAGGAGCCGCUACAUUCUGCUGUAAUGCUUGAGCAAGCAUCUUAUUGCUACUUGUUGUCCAAACCACCUAUGUUACACAAAUAUGGAUUUCAUCUUGUUCUUUCUGGUGACCGUUACAAGAAAUGUGAUCAGAUCAAGCAUGCAAUUCGCACUUAUAGAAGUGCCAUGUCUGUUUAUAAAGGAACUACGUGGAGCCAUAUCAAAGACCAUGUUCAUUUCCAUAUUGGACAGUGGUAUGCUCUUCUUGGGUUAUAUGAUUUGGCUGCAAAUCAUGUGUUGGAGGUCCUGGCCUGUAGUCAUCAGUCCAAGACAACGCAGGAGUUAUUCCUGAGGGACUUCCUUCAAAUUGUUCAGGUCAGUACUAGUAAUCUUUGGAUUCUAUGCUUGAUAGAGAAGGUAAAAGUGCAAAGUCCUUAAAGUAACUUGUAUUUG